CUCAUGCCCCGACCAAAAACAGCCGUAUCGCGCCCCCAUCCCACGGUCACUUUCGAUGAACCCGAGCAUACGCUGAUGCGGGUGCGCUCCGAGGGAUAUAUGGGGCCAGCCCUUGGGGUGAAUGUAUACAGCACCAAUGCUAGUGCGCGCACAAGCUACACGAGGGUCGACCUGGCUGUGGAAGGGGAUGGAACUGGGUGGGUGGGUGAGGAGGGCCGGAGCAGUCGAAUAUGGAACGACGACUUUGAGGACGACGAGGAAGGGGAGAAGCGGGAUGUAGAGGGCGAGGACGGGGACGAGGACCAGGGUGGCGAGGCAGACACGGAAGGCGGUGACGUCGGUGACGAUGAGAAAGACGCUGGUGAUGACGAUGACGAACUGCCCAAUAUCUCACUCACCUUCCUCCUGCUAUCCGGGAAGCGCCGAACGGUGUCUUUUAAUCCAGAAGUCACCGUCAGGCGAGUCAAGGAGCUGAUGUGGAAUGCAUGGCCGCAUGACUGGUCCCCCGAAUCUCCGCGACCGCCAGCGCCAUCAUACCUUCGUAUCCUGCAUCUGGGGAAAAUAUGGCAGGACGAUGAUGUGCUCCAAGUUUUAUCGUUCUACCUCGCUGAGCCCUCCUGGACAGCGCACAACCUUCCCAUCAAUACUCCACCGACAUCAGCGACUGACCCUAAUAUUCCAAAACCACCACCGACAAUUGUACAUCUAUCGAUACGACCGUAUACAGCUGAAGAUGCAGCAGAUGAAGCCCUGAGGAAAAAUGGAGUUGGGCUUUGUGUGCGAUUGGGAAAGGGGAUAGAUUGGGUCAGGCAGAGGCGACUAAGAAGAGCGACGCGACGGCAGGAACAGGAACAGGAACAGGGGCGGGAGCAGCAGCAGGAGCAGCAGGAGCAGGAGCAUGGAAGGGAAGGAGAAAGGGAACUUGCCAACACAGAGGCAGAAGAGCAGCUUAGUCUGGCACUUGUCAAGCCGCCAAAUAACCAAUAA